AAAUGUCACAGGAGAGUCAUUUCAGAUCCGUGGAUUCGGCUUCUAACUCUUCCUUCGGUCUCAUUCUCAUGGCCAUUUGACCCAAAAGAAAAAAAAAAAAAAAAAAUCACAGAGUCUGUAUCACAGGCCAAAAUAUCAUAGCUAACCUCAUCAAUCAAGUUAACUUUUCAAUCUCCUUAUCCCUCAGAUCUCAAAGCUUAAUAUAUCCAUAGAUCUCUCUCACUCGGAUCUUUACGUUCACUUCAUUGACAAACUGUAUCACUCUAAGUUUAAUGGAGAGGUUCUUUUGAUCUGUGCUUCUAAGGAGGAGAUCUGGUUAGAUUUUGAAUCUAUAGAGUUUUGGUGGUUUAAUCUUCAUAAGCUGGCUGUGAAUCUAUAUAGGUUUUUGAUUGUUUGGUUUAUGCUUGAUUUGGAUUUGUCAUGGAGAAGAUUUAGAAGCUAGAGUGAGAUUUUGCUGCACAAUCUAACCUGAAGGUGUGAGUUUUAGCUGCUAUAGUGAAAUUUCAUUCUAGGAUUUACCUAACUCGAACUUGCAAUGGAGACGCUUGUUGCUGUAGCCCAGCACAGGAAUCAGUACUAUAGCAGAGUCAAGGCUUAUAAGCAAGCUCGACUAGGGUCUUCCCCUUCUAGGCACUUCAGAGGGAUCAAUUGCCGGACUUUCCAAUCUGGGUCACGAGUACUGCCAACCUCCUUCAAUACUUGCGGCACUACUGUCACCAAAGGCACUCUUUCUACCCCUACUUCGUCCUCUCAGAAAACACCAUCACCAACUAUCAAGGCCGCCUCGAAUUCUCACACCGUUGAUAAUACACACUUUAAGGCUGCUCCAAAAAGCUCUCCAAUUCCGAUAAAUAUCCCUUCAAGGGAGACGCCAUUUAAUGAUGAGCUGGGUGUCUCGAGUGAGAAUUUGCCAUUCGGAGAGCUCUGGGCUGGACCUGCUUACUCAAAUUCGCCACCGCCCAGUUCCCUUCCAAUUCCAAAGUUUUCAAUGAGGCCAAAACGAACCGUAUCGCUUGAGUUGCCGGUCUCUAAUUCUGGUAUCAAAGGGCAUCCGAUUGCCAAGUCCGCCCCUGCUUCCCCCAAAAGGGAAUAUAGCCCAUUCGCUAAAGACCUGUUUCUAAGCGUUGAUUCUGCGACUAAGACUCUGCGUCGCAUUCUUAAUCUUGAUGUGGCGGAUGAUUGAAGAUUGGGGGCUUAUGCUUCUGUAAAUAUUUUUAGUGUUAGACUGUAUAUAAAGGGAAUAAAUUGUUAGUAGUAUGUAUCCGUUGAAGUUAAACUGUUACCUUUUGCUUAUGAUGGUGGUGAUCGUCGUACAAGUGAAAGAUGUGGCUUUGAUUGGUCGAUGAUCUCCAUGUCCAGAAUUAAGAAGUUGAUGUGUGAUGUGGAUUAGCGUUUCAGUGAUUGGGUUUCUUAGCAAGUUAGGCAAGUUAAGUGCAGUUAAGAUGGGGCAAGUUACUUGUAGCUUGGGAAGUGUAACAUGGAUCAUGGAUGGAAUUUCACUAUAAUACCUUCAGGAAGCAGGAGGGAACCGUGAAUUAGGUGACUUCAUUGGCAAUUGAAUGGAACAACUUACUGCUACAAGGAAACUACAUCUUUGUUAUGAUGUAUGGUCUUCAAUAUAAUCUCCUCGUAUAAAUUUUCGUUGCCGAGUGAAAUUUAGGCCUAUAGUAUCAGGUACACUGUAUAUACGGUUAAAUCUUAAUUAGAUUAGUCUUACUCCAAUCUCGUAGGCUUAUGUCUUUUUUUGUAGAAUGAUCUUUAUUUCAUCCAAGUCUUCGUCUUUCUUGAUUUUCUAGUUUCUGACGUAGCUUAGUGUGCUGGCUUCCUAAUUUAGUAUUACUUCCAUUAGCAUCUUGAACAGUUACUUGUAACUGCUUUACUUGGUUCUUUGUUGCCUGCGUUGAUUUCUCAACAAUCAAAACCUCCUCAUAUACAUACCAUUUCUUUCUUCGUUUCUUUUAGAUAGGUCUAACUCCCUGCAUACACUCUGCAUGGGUGUUGUUUCCUCCUCGCCAUCUUUUCUGUUUUUUUUUUAGAGGGAAAGUGGCAAGUGAAAGUGAAAUUAGUUGUUAUCGCAUCUGCUUUUUGGGUUUGUAAAGUCAAUCCAAUCCGUGUUGCUUCUUCGAGUUGUAACUUGUAAGCCUAUUAGUUUCUUGUUCUUUUGAGUGGAUAACAGAGUGUACUCUUGGUCUUCAUAGAGCUUGUCUUUUUAGGAGACUGUUGUCGUACCAAGCUAAUUGCGAGGCCACAGGUGUGGAAGAUUCCAGGAGGCUGCUUUUGUAGUAGACGUUCUUUCUUCGUAGCGUAAUAGUUUCUUAAAGCAAGUUUUAUGAGGAUCCAUUUUCAGUUUGUAUUGUCGCUCAUGGAAAUACAUGCUAAUUUGUCUGGCUGUUUUGUCUUGUGUACCAGUAGUGGUUUAAUUAGUCUGAUGUUGGAUGAUUUGUGUUUGUGUUGAGACUGCAAUACUAGUUUAAUUACUCCA